UCACCCACGUAAUCAAUGGGCGAUGACUAGACGGACAAAAAAAGGUCGCGAAAGCGGAGGAGGGACGCAAGCGCGCAAAUACUGGGGUUAGGGAAAAACAUACCAAGGAACUCCAAAGGAGGUAAAUUAGAGGAUUAUUAAAACAAAAGUAAAAUAAUGACACGAAACUACCACCAGGCGCAAAACACGCCGGACAGAGGGUUCCAGGGCAGGACGAGGCAAUGGAUGGGUCUGCGUGCCGGUUCUGGGUCUUGCGCUUUGCCGCGAGAAUGUGAGAACAAUCAGUGCUCGGAAGAAGGCGGCUAAUCAGCUGAUGGAGCACCGAGGAACGGCAAGUAUCGAUGAAUCUCAGCGAUCUGGUUUGCUUGUUCUGCUUACCACUGCCCAGAAAGUCAGUCGACUGAUUUGUUUCUUCUUGCGUGGGGUUCUUUCUUCUCGCCGCCGUUCUCUGAGUCCUCUGUUUCGCGCUAUGACGGGAAAUAGGGGGAGGAAAAGAGGAGAAGGAAGAACAGACACAAGAGGCCAGAGAAAAAAACCAGCAGAAAACUGGGCGGGCAGAAAGGGCGUUACAAGUUGUCCGUUCCCGUCAUGGAGGGCCAGAGAGGGUAGGGGGAGGAGCUUCCAGGCACCAGCAAGCAGCAAUGGUAGAGACCGCUCUACGAGAAAAACUUUUGUACAACCUAUUUGGGAACAUUUUGAAGCCAUCACGCAUCAUUCUAGUUCUUUUCUCUUGGGAUAUCACGAAGUUAGUUACAAAUGUUACAGUAUGGAUCUUGAAAAUCUGCCUUACAUACUUGAGGUCAUGUACGGUAAUAUUACUGCCCCACAUACUACGCUGUUUUCAUAGAUCAUGUGAUUGUACCAUCCCAUUAAAGGUUAGCCAUUAUAAGACUAUGCUCAACAUGAUACGCUAGUGUCUU